AAACCAAAAAUGCUUCAGCCACGUGAAGACAACAAAAUAUCGGAUAUUUACCAAAAAAAAUACGACACUUCAACCUUCACAAGAAGGAUGAUGUAUUCUACUUAUUACAAUUUAAACUUGAGCCGUGUUCUGUUUUGCACACUCCUAUUGACCAUGAUGCACAUUGGAACUCCCCAAGCAAUUAAUCAGUCUUAUCAUGUGAGUCCGACACCCACGUUGCCAGCAAUAUCCGGGGAUGAUAUUACUACUGUACUCUUGGUAAAUAACGAAUCGGGGCAUAUGGGCGAUUUUCAUGGAAGGUUCUUAACAGUACGACCAGAAAUAGGUGUUUUAACAUCAACAGCCAGAACAUUUAUUCAGGACGGAAUAACAACAGAAUUUGCCACCAAGAUCGUAGGGACUACUUUAAAUAAUGGUCGCCUCUAUGCACAAUACCUAAAAAAGAGUUCCAGAGUCCUUUAUAAAAACGAAAAUAUAUCCCCGUCUGUGGUGACUAGUUGGGUAGGCGAAGAAGAUUCUCUCAAAACACCACUCGUCUUACAAAGCCACAACGAUCUUUUUAACAUUGAUGAUUCUAACUGGCAGGAUAUCGAUGACAGUAUAGGUGCUCAUCAGCGAGAGUUCGUGGGAAAUACAGAUUUUGUGAACGAGCAAAACACAAAAAACAAAGUCUUAGGAGUUCCCGCUUUGGAAGAUAAAAAAACAAUAUCAUAUAUGGAUAGUGACAGCAAUGUCACGUUGAAGACUGACUUAAAAAAGAAAGAUGAAAUGAAUAGAUUGAUUGAGGUUUUCUCAAUUAAACAUUUGGAAACAUAUACAGUUAAAAUGCCUUUUGGUAAUUAUACCACUUCACCGCUUAACCAAUCCCCCUUCGACCCAAGGAAAGAAAGAAAAUAUGAACACCUGAUGCAACUGCAUACUGAAAAAAAAAACGAAGAUCAUAACCAAAAAAGUAGAUCCGACCACAAGCAAGUCUUAGCGUCCGUUACGUAUUACGGCUUCGCUGAUUUUACCACCAUUGUCGGUGAUAGCGUAAUUGUUUUUUCUCCUAGUACUACACAAAGCAGUCUGCAUUACGGAUACGUUACAUCAAUAAAAGGCAAGCCUACUUUACAACAUGAUUUAAUUCCCGAAGAAAUCGCUCAGACUUAUGAAAUAUCACCGAGUACUUUAAAGAUGGGUACGAGUUCCGGAAAAUAUGAAGAAUUGGUGUCAAAUAUUAGUGCUAGUAAAAUGUUUGAUAAAAAUGAAGUGAAAAUUGUAUUGAAUCCAAUCAACCCGUCACCUACAUUUGCCAACAAUUCAUUUAACGAAGAGCAGGAAGCCAGUUCGGUGUUAUCUAAAGAAACAGUUCCAUUGAUCUCCAAUGUUGUUGAUGAUAUUAUAUCACCCUCUAAUUUUACUGGAUUGAAAGAAGGAACGCAGCACAUUGAACCGAGCAUUAUAAAACAGGAAGGUGCUACAACUGUAUUUAUUGAUGAUGACCCCUUCACUAGUUUUCAUGAGCUUAGUGGUUCAAUUAGCCUAAAAUUGAAUACCGCCGACGAAAUAAAAUCUAUUAAGCCUUUUGAAACAUCUAAGAGUGAUGAAAUCAUUGAGAUCGUGACAUAUCAAACAAAAAUCAACUUUACGAAAAACAGCUUGGACAUUAACCCACUUUUUGAAACGAGUAAUGACAAUCACAACUUCAAAGAAUUAUGCAACCAUACAACUUCACAAGUUUUUCUUACUCAAAUGGCUAAGGCAAACAUUAAAAAAGAAAAUAAUGGUGUGGAUACCAUGGAUAUUGAUGCUAAUCCACUUCAUGCUUAUGAGAUUGUAGAAACUACCAAAUAUUAUUGCAUACAAGCUUCACAAUCAAAAGAAAACCCAGAAUUAGAUAUAAUUGUGCCCCACGAAACGUUUACUACAUCACGUGGAGAAUUCAUGUCCACUAAUUCAAUAGAUGAUGAUAUAGACGAAACAACGGUUCAAGAUUUAGAGGAAUAUGAAGGGACCACAGAAAACGAAUAUGAAAGCGAAGAAGAAGAAUAUGAAAGUGUUAGUGAUGAAGUUGACCUAAUAUACAAAACUCUUUAUACAACUUAUACAUAUUUGACCACAUUCUUUGAAGGGUCUAGAACAACCAUAUCUAGCCACACUGAGGUUUUGACAAACAUCGCUUCCUCAACACUUUUGCCUAAAGGUAAAUUAAAUUCCAACACCUUGAAUUAUGUUGGAGAGAACGAUAUUUCUGACAAUACAAUUCGACAGAUUGACCAUAAAACAACUGCAUUUUCGCAGAAAUAUUCUAUACCUGACGAAAUUGCUAGUCUAUUAAUCCAAGAAAGUAAAGUAAACACUGCUGAGAGUUCUUUACAGAUGAUGACCACCUUACGUGGCGAUACAAUAUAUACUAAGACAUUGUUGACAACAUAUACAUAUUAUACAUCGAUUUUUACAAAUAACGAAACUGAAGUACAAUCUCGAACAGAGAUUGUCACCAAUUAUAUUACUGACAAUGUGUCGAACAAUGAAACUAAUUUUAUACGCAAUUCCCAAACUGCAAAUUUAAAUUUUUCAAAGUCCCAGCAUUCUUUAGGCGAGAAAAAAAUUGACAAGGUAGAAAAUAUGGCAUUUGGAAUGAGAGUAAACUCGAGCAUAUUAAGGGAUUCAAGUCCAGCUAGUUUUAUUAACCAAAAUCUCCUUGAUGACCAAGUAAGUUCGGAAAGUAACACAGAGGAAAUUAUACCGUCAGCAACAUUCCUGCUUCAAACGAGUUUUACAACAUUUACCUUCUAUACAACUAUGUAUGUUGGAAAUGACACAAGCAUUAUAAGUCGACAUGAGACUAUCACUAAUGUAGCUACCGAAACAGUGCACCCUACUAAAUUAGUAAGUAUAGAAGAUUAUUCUUUGCCUAUUACUUACUUUACAACAUUUACUUAUUGGACAAAGUUGGCUAAAGAUGGUGAGAUUACAACAUUAAGCAGAGAGGAAACUUUAUCCAAUGUUAUACAACACAGUAACGGUACAACUUCAGUAGUAAACGAUUUAAAAACGGCUGAUAAGGUAUCAAGUCAGUCGAUCGCGACUGAUAGCGAUACCCAGAUUGAUCGGAAUUCGAAGUCCGAAAGUUCCUUAAUUUCCACUUUGAAAAAUCCAAUCUUUCAAUCUGACAUUACCACGUUCUAUACCACCUAUACAUAUUAUACUACUUCUUAUGACUUUAAUACGACAAUUAUUGAUUCGCGUCUCGAAACAGUUACCAAUAUAAUAACAUCCAGAGAGAUGUCAAAUUCAACAGCAGUAACAGAUGCAACAAUUUUGUUAAUUAAACCUAGUCAGCCCAUUGCUUAUUUUGAAAAUCCCAUCGAAACCAUUAAGCCGAAUGUUGUUUUGUACGAUUAUAAGCAAAUAAUUGAUGCGGAAAAUAUAAGUACUUUGUACUUUACAACCGAAAUUGUAUCUUCAAUGAAUAGUGAGGGACAUGCUAUCAAAUUAACCAGUAGUACCAGUAGGUUACAAGUUGACCAGUCGAAAAAAUCUAGAAUGUCUACGAUCCUGAUUCCUGAUGACAGCUUAUCCAGCAUAAAUUUGUAUAAAACGGGUUUGGUAAGGCUCAUUGAAGGAAAACGCAUACAAAACAGUACAACUACCUUAUACCAAUCUAGAGUUAUAGGAACUUUAAUAGACAAUCGAUACGCGCAAAUAAUUGAAAGUACAUCAAGUUUUUUCUUUGAGAAAACAAAGUCUGACCAUAUUCUGCUUCCGACAAGCGUCGAAAUUUCGGGUAUGAUUACCAAAAAUGUUGAUUUAAUUGUAACAGAAUCUACUAAAAGUGAUAACGAUACAACAGGAGCUCCUUAUAUCGACCAGAAAAACACGAAACCAGAAUCGGAUAACACUGACGUGUUGUCUAAUCAUUCACCACAAAAUGCAAAGAGACCAUUUGCACCAGUUAUUCGGCCGUUCGCCUCAAGAAACAGGCCUACAUUCGCACCAAAACAAAAAACACUAGUCCCCAGUAGCGCUACUAUUAUUACAAGAUCGGACAUCACACCGACUAUAACGGCAACACCUGCUUUAAAAGCAGCAGGUAGAUAUACCGCAUCUCGUCGUGGUAUUAUUUCUAAUGUUCCAAUUAAUCUUAAUGAGCCUAACUUAUCACAGAGUCAGCCAUCCAGGCGCUCGUUUGGAAGACCAAGUAAUUCAUUGAAUGACUUAAUCGAAGCGAAUAGCACUCUGCAGUCGAGCCACCCAUUUUCACCUUCGAAAACCCGGUUUACUUCAGCUUUACGCCCAGGCGUUAGUUCCAGGCGACCAAAUACAAAUAUUUCAUAUCGAUCAUCAAGUUUUCCUGUGUUUCGUGGAUCUGGAGUUAUACCCAACACAAGGUUACGCAUAAAACCAACUAGCUUAGGGCUACAAUCAAGCUAUAGACCAACACAGUCCACAACGUUUGCCACGGAGUCAAGCUCGGAAGAUAGCGUUGAAGAGGAUACCUCAACCGAUGAAGUAUCUGAUGUGGAAGAAGGAAUCAAGAACAAUAACAGCCCGUUACUGCGCUUUCGACGACCCAUAAAUGCGCCCAGUGGAUUCACUCCUCCAAGUCGACAAACUGGCAAUUCGCCAGUAGUUUCGCUCAGACGAAACCCACUAUCACCCAGAACCAAAAUUUCGACUACGACAAGCAGUACAACGACAACGACUGCCAAACCAAGGGCGCGAAGUUUUCAGAGGCCAAUAGGUCCUCAUCCAAGAUCAAGACCACAAAACACACUUUUUCCACCCAGAGGCCUUUUUCAAAGUCAGCAUAAAAAUGAAAACCUAAAGGCAGCUAGGACAAACGAUAGUAUUUCUAACAAUGAUUUUGAAUAUGAAGGUGUCGAAGAUCAAGAUCUGGAUGAAAAUAUUCAUCGUAGAAAGCGCUCUAUCAAAUAUUCUGAUCAUUUUACAACUGGAAAGCGAGUGCGUCGGCAAGCGGAUACAAUCCGGAGAAACAGAUUUAGAUUUCGUCGACAAAACCAAACAGCAACUGCCAAAGUUGAGUCAAAGCUUAUGGAUUCCGACAAUAAUACUGAGCCUAUCUUAACCCCUCGCGAUAAGUCAAGUUCUAGAUUUGGGUCAAGAUUUCAUUCUCCCCAGGUACAUCAGCUAUACACGCAGGCAUUAAUCGUAGAAUCACCAACAGCAAGCAAUCAUAGAUCGAUUCGACCAAGCAGACCGACAACAAAGAGACCACAAUUUACGUUAAGGGAGAAAGAUGCUAAUUUAAAAAGCACUGCAUCAAAAAACUUUCGACGCCAACCAGCAAGCGGAAAUUCUUCAAGGCGCCCAGUUGCAAAUUCUGGAAAUUCAAAUAGUCGUAGACUAAAAAGCUAUGUAAGCUACAACAAAAAUAAUUUAGAUAACGGUCGACCAUCCAGUUCUCCCCGUUCCCGAAAUUCAAACUCUAAUACAUCAAAUAGAGCAAGAAGUCGUGGUCGAAAUCGAGUCGAAUACGCCUCUGAUGUACAAUCCGUAGAAAAUGACUUUCAAACUAUCACAGUUACACAUUAUAUGCCAUCCGAGGUCACUGUUCCUGUAGUAAGCGGACAUGUAACUGAGUACAAAAACAUUGUUACUGCUAAGUCAAGCACCGAGAUCGUAGGUCCAAAUGACUUUGCAGUAGUAUUGGGCGCAAACGGGAUGAGUUCCACAUACUUAAAUCGAGAAACAUCUAUUAUAAAUAAUGCUGGUGCCACCGAACACACAAAAUAUUUAUUGCAUGAAUCUAUUACAAGCUCUAUAACUUUUACACCUACCACCAUUCGCGGAAGAAAGACAUCCUUUUCACAUAUAAUUCCAUCUACAGCGUAUUCUGUAGAGUAUAUUGUAACUACAAUGCAGCCUCAAAUUUCAGAAAACGCACCGCUUGCCAACAUUUUACUUUCCCAGUUGCUUUUAGGAAACUUAAACUUACCUGCCCAUCCCUUGAUUGGGGCGGUCGGACAGCAAAACGUCCCAUCCACUAUAAUUCCCACAUCUGUUGAGCCUAUCACUGAGUAUCGCACGCACACUUCUACAUAUGUUACUACAAUAUUCGAUGGAAAGUCUACCAUUCUUCCAGUGACAUUUCAAGGGAAAAAGAUUUUGACUACUGUUUAUGACACUACCGCUCAGACUAUAACAGCAACAGAAUAUAGUGUGGAUACAAUAAUUAACACUCUACCGUCAGUUCAAAGUGUACAUACUGUUGGACCGGCUGCUCAUGUAAAUAAUUUAUUAUUACAACAGUUACUUAUUCAGCAACAGCAUGAGUCACUCGUCCAAGCUAUAUCCAACCCAACCCCGCCACAAAUAUUGUUAAGUGAAAACCUGCAAGUUUUGGACGACGGGACACGGGCAUCAAUAAAGUCGGAUGCCAUCGACAUAGAAUAUGAUUCGGAUUUGGUGUCGGUCAGUAAUGAGUCCCAACCUACCAAAGGUCAUCGAAAAAAAUCUAGAAAAUCGAGCAGUGGCAACAAGAGAAGUAAACAGGAACCGAGUAUAAUAACACUUUAUGUAUCGGGCCGCAGACCCGGCGAAUUCAGUACUGUAUUGUCAACUGUGAAAAACGAACAUGAUCACUCGGUUUCAUUGCAGAAAAGACACGCAAUUAUAGAAAUCCAGCCAACCAAUUCGAUGAUGUAUAUUUCUAGCAUCGAAAAGAGCGAUAAUACAAUGGAAAAAAAUGACAUUUUAAAAGAUAUAAGAAGUUCUUUGACGAUUGAAAUUGGAUUUAACGAAUUAACCGAUCAAACUGCAUCAUUAGAAAGCAUUGUGGGUGAUGUGCAUCUUUGGUUUGCGAAUUCUAGUAGACAAUCUUCAACGGUGGCAACAUUUAUAAAAUCUGUAGUUAUUUAACUUUUAAAUUUCUUUGUUACUUUUUAAAGUUGUUAAAUGCUUUUUCCCCUUUAUUUUACAAAAAAAAUUAAUCAAACCAGAAUGUAAGCGAAAUAAGUCCUGCCAAUCUUUGAAAGAUGUCCAAAUACUAGUCAAUGAUAAAUAUAGUAUCAUAGGAACUUCUUACCCAACUAUGCGCAAAAACCUAAGCAACUCUUUCAUAAUAGAAAAGUCCACCAGCUACAAUCCAAAUUUACAGGAUUUUUUAAAUAUUUUAAGUCGUUCUUAAUCAUAUUUAAUCUAUAAAUGGAUACGACCGGCUCUUUCUGACAAUCGCAUCAAUCUCCAAAAAAUAUAAAUUUUGCAUUGCAUAUAUUGAGAUGCAAUAAAGUAAUUAAUUAAUGUAGAAAAUAAAUACCUAGAUCGUUUAAUUGCAUUAGACAACCGAUAUUUUUGAAUAACAGAUUAGCAAGUUGAAAUUUUAUAAGUCGAUUGAUUGAGUAUAACAUUCUAAUAAUAGGUUUACUAUAUUAUUACUGAAAAAUGCUAAAUUUUUGGAGCUCCAUGGACGCUCUUCAAGGAUAAUUUUUAAAAAAAUAUUUUUCGAGAAUUUGUAGCUUAAAUAAAAUUUGUUUAAAAAACACACAUAUAAUAACUUUGUAGCUUAUUGUAGAUACUUACGACUUAUUUCUUUAGUUAUGGUUAUGUUGCUUAUAUAAGUAAAUCAAAAAAAUAAAUAUACUGACCUUUAAACCAAACUAAAUGUAUAUAUGUAUGAAAAGUUGAGAUUAUUUAAUAAGGCUACUAAUAUUUUAUAACCAAAAAUGUAUAUAAAUUCUGCAAAUAAAAAGAAAUUAUGUUA